UUACACACAACGCCUGAUCUGAUUGGAUUAUCUUUCACAGUGUGCUGGUGCUGCGGUGGGUGAGGAGUCUCUCUGCAAAUCCUGUCGUCACUGGGAUGCGGCUGCUGCCUCGUCGAGAGCCUAAUAAGGACCGAAGAUGACCGCAGCGCCUCAACCGCGUUUCCUGGUGCUGUUCGACUUCGACGAGACCCUCGUGAACGAGAACAGCGAUGACGCCGUGUUGCAGGCUCUGCCGGGCCAGCGGCUCCCCGAUUGGCUGAAGAACAGCUACCGCGAGGGCCACUACAACGAGCACAUGCAGCAGAUUCUGGCCUACAUGGCCGAGCGGGGCGUGUCGCGCGACGCCAUCCGCUCGGCCGUGGAGACCAUCCCGCCCGCGCCCGGCGCCCUCGCCCUGCUGCACUUUCUCCAGAGCCACCAGCGCGACUUUGAGCUGGCGGUGGUCUCGGACGCCAACAUGUACUUCAUCGACACCUGGCUGAAGCACGCGGGCGUGCGCCACCUCUUCUGGAGGAUCUUCACCAACCCGGCCAGCUUCGACGCCAGCAACCGUCUGGUGCUACUCCCGUUCCACACCCACCUGUGCCCCCGUUGCCCCGACAACAUGUGCAAGCAGGUCAUUCUGAGGGAGUACCUCGCCCUGAGGCAAAAAGAGCGCGGGGUGCCAUUCCAACAAGUGUUUUACGUCGGCGACGGCGCCAACGACGUGUGCCCCACGUUGGCCCUGGGGCCCCGAGACACAGUUUUCCCUAGAAAGGACUUCCCCAUGCACAGGCUGCUGAAGUCAGAGGGAGCCAAGUUCAAGGCCAACGUGGUUCCCUGGAGCAGCGGCGAGGACGUGCUGCACUGCUUGAAGAAAGUCGUGGAGGCGAGAUGAUAAUGGACGAGCAGGAAACGACAACCUGAACAAAGGUGCUCUAAUCGUAUAGAGUAAGCUAAUAGAUCAAUAUCCCAAAUAUUUGCUUUUGUCAAAAAAUUAAAUAGAAUCAUCAUUGUCAUCUACCAGCACUCUCAAAACAAGAACAAGAGUAUGGAAAUAUAUCUCUGCCAUUUGAGUUUGAAUUUGCAACACUUCGCAUCAAAAUCAAAUUUAGAAUUUUAAAAAGCAUCAAAAUAAUCGCUUUUUUAAUAUGACCCGUAAAGUGAUAUUUGAAUGAAAAACAAUUCAAGAUCUCCAAAAAGUUUAAAACAAUUCCAAAAAAAAUCAUUGUCUCACACGAUCAAUGAAAGGUAACGUGAUUGGCUGUACAUUGAACAAACUGAGGAAUUUUGACUUCUUAUGCUAGUUUUGUGACAUAUGAGUUGAAAUUCAUUUUUUUAGUUGUUGAUCUUUUUUUUCAGAUUUUGAUGCUCUUUGAAAAAGAAUCUGAAACUCAAAUUCAAACUUAGAUGGCACAUAUAUCCAAGUGUCUUUCUUUAGACGUGUUUUACUGAGCCACGUUAUUAUCGCUAAUCGGCAAGGCUAACAGGACGCUUAAUGUGCAGGCUACCAAAAUGGUGAAUUAGUGAUAAUAAUAAAAAUACAAAUAAUAGGAGUGUUAAGUGUUGGAAAUCUGCAAUCAAUAAUAUUGAUAGUGACAAUAACGACAGUUUCAGACCUCCACCAAGACGGAAAUAUUAAUAUUUGUGUUUGUUUGUGGACAUCUGUUUGUGUACAUUUUGUCAGUUAGCAGACUUAAUUCCUGAUUUACAGAGAAUGCCCAUUUUUAGCCGUGGGAUGUGGGGGAAGCGUUCCAUCAUUAAAUAAUUUUCUCCAAACAAAAGUGAGAAAAAAAAAAAAAAAGGCUAAUUGCGAUGGCGUCUCUACGUUUGUCGAUGAUGGUAAACAACGUAAAGACCUUAAGACUAAACGGACGGGACUGUUUUUGUGUAACUGCUCGCGAACAAAGAAACGGCAUUUGAAACAAUAACUUUGGCACUCGGCGGAUUUUACAAAUAAUAAUCUGCAUGAACCAAAGUGACACGCAGUAUUUAUUUGACUUCAUCAAUCUGCAUGUCAAGAGUUCACUGCGGCGAGAUCAAUGAUCCCUUCGCCACCAAUCACGCGUCUUUGUUGUUAUCACAGCAGCCGAUGAGUGCGUUGUAACUAAUAAUGUAUAAAGCAGACGGACAAAGAUUGGUCAACCGCUAACGAGGCAACACGAGUUUGUUUGUAUCGCGCCGUCCGUACGCAAGGCGGGAUUCAUGAAAAGAUCAAACAAAGCAGUAAAACGACAAAAUACAUUCACUGGAAUUAGUAUUCAAGCAGCUUUUUGAGAAAACCAUUUGAGCAUUUAUUCAGUGCCCUUGAUAUCCAGCUUAAGGUCCAUGUACUAGUAUCCUCUUUGUCCUCGUUAGUAAGACAAUUCAGCGCACUAGUAUAACAACUAGGGCGCACGAGUACAAUGACUAGUAACAUUUUUUCCACGACUGCAAUCCACUACUCUGUGACAUCUCUGCACACUAGUAGGACAAUUUUGUAGGAUAACUCUAUGUUAGUAGUAGGCAAAAUUGCACUAGUUGACAUCUGCAUGCUCCUAGUACUACCAGUGAAGCAAAAGAUGUUAAGAAUUUUAUAAUGUCAUUAGUAGUACUAGUAUCGUGCUGUUGUCAACAAGUGCACAGUUAAAUGUUAGUAGAAAUUUCUAAUGCCACUGUAAGUACUAGUAGGACUCACUAGUAACUUGUAGUUGUCCUACUAGGAUGCCAACGUUUUCCUACUGAUUAGACACUUCAGCACACUCAUCUUAACGACGAGAGAGCACUGGUAGAACAACUUACUACUGACGUUUUUCCACUAUUGCCUUGUACUACUGAAUUGCUGCCCACUAGUAAGACAACUUUGGCAUACUAGUAAGACAUGUUAACUAGCGGUGCAAAACUGCAAUAAUUGACAUCUACUACUCGUGAAGUAGUGCAUAGUUUUGCCUCACCUUAGUUCUAGGGCGCACUAGUAGAAUGUAUUUUCCACUACUGUAACAAAUUUCUGUCCACUAGUAGAGACAUUUAGCACACUAGCAGGAGAACUACAUCAUGUUACCAUUGAGGCAAAACUACUAGUGGGGAUUUUCAGGCUACUAGUGCAUGACACAUGCCUACGAUUGGACCUAAUAGUGUCACUAGCGCAGCACAGUCAGGUUUAAUUGCGCACUAGUGGCGAAAAACUCGUAAAUGCUCCAACGGCUUGCCAUAGACGUGUAACGCCGCGGGGUCACGCGGGGCAGACGCGGCGUAUCGGGCGGCUCUGGUGAUAAAGAAGCGAUACCUCAUCUGGGCCUCGGCGAUACGGCGGCUGUAAUCUCCACCGGCAUGUAAACAACACCGCAUGCCGUGUGUGCACUCUGGCCCUGCAAUGCAACAUUCACGCAAACACAUUCUUGGACAGUUUCCAAAGUGAGGGUCGGGGGAAGAAGCGGUGCAAUAACUCCGUCACACAUGUCUUACUAUACAAUGAUUACAUGUAUUCUUAUUGAGUGUCCGUUCUGGUAUGCACAUUGCAUAUUUCAACGCACUUUUAGAGGACUAGUGCAGUAUUCGUAAUUAUUUAAUCAGUGUUUCCCAACACAUAUUUUAUUUACAUUAGAUUAGAUGGAAUAGGCUAAAUUCGCGGCACAUUAGCCGGGAAUCACUUAUUUAUUAUAUCACUCACGUGAGCCAGCGCACGACACGUCGCUACACGCUAAUUGCAUUCUUGUCAUUCACACAAGUGACGUGGUACAUUAGUGUAUUUUGCGGGGUGUGCCUAAUAAUUUGCACCUGUCGUAGUUUUCACUGCAGUGCUAGCACCUUUUAUCAUAUUGCACUUUAAACAAACAAAUCUGACAGUGUUCAACAAAAUCCUUGUAUUUGUUGUGAAUGUGGAAUACAUAGGAGAGUCCGAAUGAAUAAUAAACCAGCAAACAUGUUUUAAAUUAUUUCGUUAUACUGUACUCAAAACUAUAAGCCGCUAUUGUCCGUUUCAGAAGCUUCUCAGGUGGAAGAGUAUAUUUGUUGCUCUAUAGGAAGAAUGUUUUAAAGAUUACAAUGAAGUCAUCAAAAUGGCAUCGCUCAUUUACAUAAAUCUUGACGUACAGUGUUUUUAUAUGUGUGUGUGUGUGUGUGUGUGUGUGUGUAAUUUAAAAAAUGUGCAAUAAUAAAACACUUGAUACGCAAUAUGAUGUAACAGAGGUAUGGAUACAUAAGGGAAACUUCAGAUUUUUCACUACUUUUACUUUGAUUCAGGAGCAUGUGUCCCAGCUCGACUUUUCCUUUUAUUUGACAUGCUGUAUUUGUGAUACAAAAACGUAUGUAACGCGACAUUGUAACGGGAAUAUAAAGCCAUCAUGUCAUCA